CUCACUGGCAAAUACUUCUAAAAUUUAUUCAGCCUAUCUCAGCACCAUAGCCAUUCAUACUUACACCGCCAACCAGGAUCAUCUCCAACUAGUCACAAUGGGCUACAUGAAAACUACUUACGAUUACUUCGACCUCAACGCGCCUUUCACGCCGCUCCCAAAAUAUGGCCAUCUUUCCAAAAAGACUCCCGAGUAUGAACAAGCAGAACCUUCCAUCCGAAAGACAUAUGAAUCCCUUUUUUCCCUUCCCGACUUUCCCAGUGUCCGCGCAGUCGCUGGUGAUUCAGACGCAGUGAUGCCCCCGGGUGGGCCUGAUCGUUACAAAGAUGUUGUCACAUCACUGAUCGACAUUACUACUCGUGAUGGCACCAUGAUUGAGCUCAAGGUGUACAAGUCGCCUAAUGUUAAGGAAAACGCUGUUUUGAUGUAUCGAAUACACGGUGGAGGCUGGUGUCUUGGCCGCCAUGAAGUCGAUGGCGUUGACAACGUAUAUGCUGCCACCAACACCAGCAUUAUUGUAGUUAGUGUCGAUUACAGGACAGCCCCAGAGCAUCCCUUCCCAACACCAAUCAAUGAUUGUUACGACGGGCUCAUCUGGUGUAAGAAGAACGCAAGCAGGUUAGGAAUUGACCCAGAGAAAAUCAUAAUCAGUGGAGGCUCUGCUGGCGGCCAACUCGCUGCUUCCCUCGCCCUAGAUUGCGUCAGAGACGGUGUAACUGGAGUUAUCGCCCAAGUGCUGCAUUUUCCAUCAACGUGUCAUCCCAAAUUCUUCCCCAAGGACAAAUACGAAUAUGGCAGCUAUGUCCAAAACUCCGACGACGCUGUCCUGAGCACUAUAAAUAUGGAGACGGUCUUAGACGCUCAUGUCCCUGACGCGAAGCCAGACUACAGACACUCGCCUCUCCUUGCGGAAUCAUUCAAGGGGCUCCCGCCAACACUGAUUCAAUGCGGUGGAACUGAUGUCCUUCGAGAUGAUUCAUUCGCCUACGCUGAAUCUCUCAAGAAAGACGGUGUGAACGUGGAAAUUUACUCCUAUGCUGGGCUGCCGCAUUGGUUCCCCGUCAUCCUUCCCCAAACAUCGCAAAGCGUUCAGUUUUAUGAGAGAUAUAACAACUUCUUGGCCAAGCAUACAGGAAAGUGAGAGUACCUUAGGCGGAAGUCAAUUAGCACAACUGAGGUCUGGGGAGAAAUCAAGGCUCAUGGCCUUAAAAAGCCAAAUAGACACCCGUUCAUAGACAUAGAUAGAUAGACAUGCACAUGUUGAUGGAAUAGAUAAAUAUAUAUCUUCCAACAGCACCAAUACUUGAGACAUCGUCAGCCCUUCAGACGAACACUGGCCCUUCCACCCAAUUAUCAAGAAAGCUCAUAUCCAGACCCUCUAACGUCCAUGAAUCUGCCACUGGGAUAUCCUGUAGAGAAGAGGGCUUAUCCAGAUCUGUUCUCACACUUUCUCUUUCAUGAGUUGAUGAAUAAGGCAUAGGAUCAACCAAAUGUUCAUCUCCUAAGGCGUCCCCUAGCCCGGGCCGAUCCAAUGCUAUAUUGCCCCAAGGAACUUCCAUUGUGAUAGGUGGCCUUUCCGUUCCAUAGGGAUCACGCCUCACAAUCUUGAUCAUAGGAAAAUUGGGCAGAUGAAUGUCGAGAGCUGUUCCAUCGUCACUGGCUUUGACAUGAUGACCCAAUUUCCCAUUCUUCACCAACUCUUCGGCAAAAGAAACACUAUAGCGUACCCCAGCUGUCACAUUAUCCUCAAUCGCCAGAAGAUAGUGCAGUAGAGUCAUUAGCCUCUUCGAAAUAUCAUCAUUCGUUCUGCGCAAACCAUCUUGUGCUAUUUUCAGCACCUGUUCGAUGAGCCCACGAUCACUCAACCGCUGUUGUGUAAGGAAAUGAAAGCCCUGCUCCUCAAUCCUUUUGUGACGCUCAUCACAAAGAAUGUGAGCGAUAGUUAAGGCUGUACACGACAUGAAGGCGAUUAAAUCUGUUCCGCGGCAGUGAUAUCGUGACUGAGGAAUUGAGCGGAUGGAGACGAAACGCGACAGGAUUUCUCGACUUGCUGUUACAGCCGUCAACUUGUUGUACUUCCACUCUUCUCCCCCUUCGACCUUCAAUAGAUAAGGCAUAUGGAGCUGUAGUAGAAGGUGAUACUGCAUGAAAUGAUCGUUGAAACGAAGAGUCUCGCGGAUUUUAUCGGCGAGCUCGUAGUGGGAAGACAAAUUGGGCAUGAUCCACCACUGGGCUGGCAUAGAUGUACAUGCAUCUCGUAGCAACUUGUCAAUCUCUCUGGUGAGUGAUUGAUCAAAAAUGCCCGAUGUUCUUCUACUCAAUAAACGGGCGCAGGCGAUUGAGCAGAGAUGUUGCAUCUUCCGAUUUGCUGAGUAAGAGUCAAGCGCAUCGAGGUUGCCAACUGGUUCAUCAGGUGCGCUCUGGGGCAGACCUAGCAUCAGGCAAAGAUAUCGAUCGAGGUUGAUCACACGCAACCAUAAAUCAUCUGGUUCAACAGUGGCUCCUCUUACCGAAGGUGGAAAAAUGCCCUUGUUGAGGCCCAAAACCUGGGCUAUCAUGACAGCACGACGCGCCGCAAGCCACGAUCGGCGGAGAUUGCCUGCGUAAUUCUCAUAAAGACCCUCGAGCAUGAUGCAUUCUAUGCCUUCGAGUGAGGAAAUGAGGUCAUCGUUGCAGGUGACAUGAUCAUGCGCGACUUUGACAAUCCGUGCCAUUAUGUUCUCGUAGCUUGUGCUGAGCUUUUCAAGGUGCUUUUCUGAUGAAAUCAGAGUGCCUUGGAGAAAGGUGGCGAGUACGAGCAUUUUCCUAGCGACGAGGACAGGAUGAGCUCCUCGUGGUGGCAAGCGAAGCAAGCUGGACGGAGAUGGGAGCCUUGAGCCGCGUUCCUUUGGUGGUGCACAUGUCAUUGCUCUGAUGAUCUGCGAGGAUUCUACUGGGACGCUCAUGAUUAUUUUCAUGUCUUCUGCGCUUGGCCAAGCAGAUAUCAGGGCUUGGUACACAGCAUCGUAGGGUCCUGGAUCAUC